GGGCUUUCGCUACCAUUAGACGCUUACGUAAAUCAUUAACCACAUUCGGCAGCUCGCAGUCACAAUGCCCAAGGAUAAGCAGCCAGACGUAGAAAUGGACGACGCAGGCCCAUCUGGGCGAGGAGAAGACGACUCAGCAUCGGCUCGUGUGGUUUACAUUGGGCACAUACCUCAUGGCUUCUUCGAGAAGCAGAUGCUCGGGUACUUCUCCCAAUUCGGCAAGGUCACGCGGAUACGCCUAUCACGCAGCAGGAAGACCGGGAAUGCCCGGGGUUAUGCUUUCCUGGAGUUCCAGUACCCGGAGGUGGCACGGGUGGCAGCGGAGGCCAUGAACGGAUACUUCCUCUUCAAGCAGCGGCUAACUUGCAAGCUGGUGCCGCCGAGCCGGGUGCACCCUGAGCUCUUUCGCGGAGCCAACCGCAAGUUCAAAAUCAUCCCCUGGCGGAAGGUGGAGCGGACACGGCAUGAGAGGGAGCGGACGCCGGCUGAGCACGCGCAGCGUGUGGGGAAGCUGAUUCGGAGAGAUAAGCAACGGCAACAGAAAAUUAAGGAGGCGGGCAUUGAGUACGAGUAUGAGAGCUUGAGCGUGCCAAUCAAGCCAAAGAAGGUGGUCUUUGAGUGAUGCUAAGCAGCGGAAGGUGGUCUUUGGUGAUGCUAAGCAGCGGAAGCGCGGGUGUGGGUGACGGGAUAUAGUUGGUUGCAUAGGGUUUGCUGGUGGGGGUUAGAAGCAUGAGAGGGCAUGGCGGGGAUGUCACGAGUGACGAUGGCGGAAUCGGGGUUAGGUAGGGUACCGGUACGUACUGCAGAGCAUGGCUAAGGAGCAAGGCUAUAACGGAUCCAUGUUUGGAUAUUGGCGUGUGCAUAAGGGACACCAGUAGCUUAGCCUGCAGGGUUAUAGGGACUGUGCUUAUCGCGAGCUGGACUCCCAUGCAUGUGUCACAGCAAUGAUGUACGACGGAUAUGUACGAAUCCUUCCGUUUUGCUGGAACAUGGAAGCUUUUGCUUGUCCAUAGGCAUCGACAAGAACGUGUGUAAAAGCUGGAAGAUAUGUUACUGCAGACCCGUCGCUAGCCUAGCGGGAUUUCGUAGGAUUAGCUCAGCACUUCGCUGUUUUUUCAGUAAUUAUAGGAGGAAGCAGCAUGGCACAUCAGCGCUGGAGCUUAGCACUCCUUCUAGUGCACGCUGUCCUCUUGACGGCGUCAGCUCAAGACGCAAGUGAUGGCCACCUGGUUGCAGAGCUUGGAAUUUCUGAUGUGAAAGUUGUAAUCAAAAAGGCUGAUGGCUCUGCCAUCAGCUCGCUGGCUGCGACAUAUCCGAAGGCUGUGCUCGCCAAUCCGCAAGUGCCAGCGUCUGCAUCGCUCGAAGUAUCGCUUGCAGUGAAAAAGAGUGGGGAGGCCUUCAAGCCGCAGCAGGUCAUGCUAAUGCUGAGGAGCAAGUCUCUUGGGUUGGCGGCUUACGCUGUUGGGAAGCUGAAGGGCGGUGCUUACCAGCUCAGCAUCAAUGCAGCAGCAGUGGAGAAGCAAAUUGGCAAGCUGCCGGGCGAGUACGACGUUGUGCUGCUGGUAGGCGAUCCUUCCGUGCCGAAGGGCAUUGAGUACGGUCUGGGCACCGCUGAGCUCAUGUUCAGCGCCGCCAGUACGGCAUCUGAGCCCGCUGCUGUCGUGCGCACGGCCGAUUUCCAGUCUGUGAACAACAUCAAGCCGGAGAUCCACCACAUCUUCCGUGCGCCGGAGAAGCGGCCCCCCGUGGUGGUGUCGUACGUGUUCGCCGGCCUGGCCCUGCUGCCGCUGGUGGUGGUGCUGCUGUACGUGCCGGCAGCCACCGGCGUCAACUUCAAGGCCUUCUCCGCUGCGCCCCUCGCCUCGCUGCUGUUCCACGGCGGCCUGGCUGCCAUGCUGGUGCUGUACCUGGUGUUCUGGCUGCGGCUCAACCUGGUGCAGACGCUGCCGCUGGCGGGGGCGCUGGGGCUGUUCGUGGCGGUCAGCGGCUACCUGCUGCUGUCGGCGCUGUCGGCGCAGCGGUUGAAGAAGGAUUAGAGGAAGGGGAGGAGGAUUAGAGAAGAAAGAAGGAGGAGGGCUGUCUGGUGUUUGUUCGGUGCUGCUGUGACUUGGGGUUAAGGGUGAGGGAGGGAGAUAGGGAUUGGUUUGGAAGGGUGUGGAGAUGGG